CCGCGCCGCCGCCUGACCGCCGUGCCCGACGGCAUCCCGGCCGAGACGCGCCUGCUGGAGCUCAGCCGGAACCGCAUCCGCUGCCUGAACCCGGGCGACCUGGCGGCGCUGCCGCAGCUGGAGGAGCUGGACCUGAGCGACAACAUCAUCGCGCACGUGGAGCCGGGCGCCUUCGACCACCUGCCGCGCCUGCGGGUGCUGCGGCUGCGGCGCAACCAGCUGAAGCUCAUCCCGCCGGGCGUCUUCACGCGCCUGGCCAACCUGACGCUGCUGGACCUGAGCGAGAACAGGCUGGUCAUCCUGCUGGACUACACGUUCCAGGACCUGCGCAGCCUGCGGCGCCUCGAGGUGGGCGACAACGACCUGGUCUUCAUCUCGCGCCGCGCCUUCGCCGGCCUGCUGGCCCUGGAGGAGCUGACGUUGGAGCGCUGCAACCUGACGGCGCUGUCGGCCGAGUCGCUGGGCCACCUGCGCGGCCUGGGCGCCCUGCGCCUGCGCCACCUGGCCAUCGCCGCCCUGGAGGACCAGAACUUCCAGCAGCUGCCCGGCCUGCUGCACCUGGAGAUCGACCACUGGCCGCUGCUGGAGGAGGUGGCGGCGGGCAGCCUGCGCGGCCUCAACCUGACCUCGCUGUCGGUCACGCACACCAACAUCACGGCCGUGCCGGCCGCCGCGCUCAGCCACCAGGCGCACCUGACCCGCCUCGACCUGUCCUUCAACCCCAUCAGCACCGUGCCGCGCGGCUCCUUCCGGGACCUGGUCCGCCUGCGCGAGCUGCACCUGGCCGGCGCGCUGCUGGCCGUGGUGGAGCCGCAAGCCUUCCUGGGCCUGCGGCAGAUCCGCCUGCUGAACCUCUCCAACAACCUGCUCUCCACGCUGGAGGAGUGCACCUUCCACUCGGUCAACACGCUCGAGACGCUGCGCGUGGACGGCAACCCGCUGGCCUGCGACUGCCGCCUGCUGUGGAUCGCGCAGCGCCGCAAGACGCUCAACUUCGACGGGCGCCUGCCCGCCUGCGCCACCCCGGCCGAGGUGCGCGGGGACGCGCUGCGCGACCUGCCCGACUCGGCCCUCUUCGAGUACUUCGUGUGCCGCAAGCCGCAGAUCCGCGAGCGCCGGCUGCAGCAGGCCAGGGUGGCCGCCGGCGAGGACGUGCGCUUCCUGUGCCGCGCCGAGGGCGAGCCGGCGCCCACCGUGGCCUGGGUGACGCCGCAGCGCCACGUGGUGACCGCCGCCAGCGCCGGCCGCGCCCGGGUGCGGCCCGACGGCGCCCUGGAGCUCCGGGACGCGCAGCCACAGGACAGCGGCACCUACACGUGCGUGGCCAGCAACGCGGGCGGCAACGACACCUACUUCGCCACGCUGAGCGUGCAGGCCGAGCCGGCCACCAACCGGACCCCGGGCGAGGGCCGCAACGAGACGCAGGCGGCCGCGCGCUUCCCGCUGGACCUGACCACCAUCCUGGUGUCCACCGCCAUGGGUUGCAUCACCUUCCUGGGCGUCGUCCUCUUCUGCUUCCUGCUGCUCUUCGUGUGGAGCCGCGGCCGCGGGCAGCACAAGAACCACUUCUCGGUGGAGUACUCCUUCCGCAAGGUGGACGGGCCGGCGGCCGCGGCCGGCCAGGGCAGUGCGCGCAAGUUCAACAUGAAGAUGAUCUGA